AUGACAAGCGUACAGCAUCACAUCGUGACGCAAACCCAUUCGACAACGACACAUUUAGAUAAUCACCUGGAUGCACUCCUAGACGAUUUACAAACGAGUGUGACUCGUCCGGGCACUGCUUUGGCUUUGGCAACACAAAGCAAUCAUCAAUUAAUGAAUGGUGGAACCUCACCUUUUGGAGGGGGUCAAAUUAAUCUUCCUCCAGGAGCUAGCGGAUAUAGAGAAAUAACGACGACCGUCACGCGGGACACGAAUGGAGUUCCGAUGACGUCCAGAGAAUAUCAAAUCGAAUAUUUAAAUCCGGCUAAUACGGUUACGGUCCUGGAUGAACGAUCUCCGAGUCCUUCGCUGGAGAUUUUGAAAAGCGGAGAUUUGGCGGGUCAUCAAAUUCAAUCUUUCAAAACGGAAGUUUACGAUUAUAAAAUAACGAAAACGAGUUCUUCGGAUAAAAAAAAUUCGGCCGGAUACGUCGCCAAUCAGAGAGGACUGGAAGAUUCUAAAAGUCACGUGACCGAAUCGAGAUCCUUUUACCAGGAUACGCCGCAGAUUCAAGACGGAGGAACCGCACAAUAUUCGAGAUCGGAAAAAUCCGAUAAUUAUCGGGGAGAAACGAAAGUGAGCAAAAAUCUCAACGAAUUGGACAUGCUUUUGAAAGAAUUGAAUUCUCCACCGUCUGGAAUGCCUGGAGAAAGUAGAACGACGCCGAGGAGAGAACAAAUUCACUCGGUUGAAACAAGAAUGGCAAGGAGUUCGGAAAGAAGUUCCGAUAUGCCGUCGACGAUGCCGAAAAGAUCGGCUUCGGCUACCCGAGAAAUGACUUACACUCAGGAAAGAAGUCAUAAUCGUAUGAACCGUGACCAAAGUCCGGUGAUACCAUCGGGUAGUUCGAAAUCACCACCGAGAAACGUCAACGUUAAACGCGAAUACGUUAUGGAAAGCAGCAGCACCAGCAGCAGCAAUCAGCACAUGUCAAGACGAGACAGCCCGAGUACAAGGAAUAGAUCAGCGGAAAUGUCUCCGACGCUUCGUAGAAGAACUCCAAGUCCAUCGGGCGAUUACAGGACUUCGAAUUACAACAAUUAUCCGAUGACGCCUAAAGAAAUGUCACCGACGACGAGAACCGUAACGACAAAAAGUUAUAAUUAUUCAUCGAACACCGGAAGAGGAGGUGGAGGAGGAGGUACUCCUCCGACAAAUUUUGACGAACCUCAACCUUACAGGUCACCCAGUCCUGUGAGUUUUCCGCAAAAAAGAUCGCCGUCGUUGAGCGGAAGGAGCGUGAAUCGAAGCGAUUCCGGUAGAGCCGUUUCUUACCAGGUUUCUCCUCAACCUUCCGAAAAUCCAGCUGUCAUCACUUAUAAAUAUUCAAGCCAUUCUAGAGAACAAAGCAGGUAUCCCGCUGGAGGAUACGAAGAAAGAAGAGAAUAUAGAGAAGAACCCACCGCAUCGGGUAGACCUUUUCCCUCCACUACUCCCGUACCUACCGGAGAAGUGCAGAGCCCACCGAAGAAGCUCGAUGAUCUCAUGGCAUCGUUUCAAGAUUCAAACGUGAGGUCCCCUCAGGGCGGCGGUGGCGGAGAAUACACGCAUAAAAUUGAAUACUCUAGAGAAUCUCACGAGAGACACGGAGGAGGAAAUUUACAAAGAUCACCAUCGUUUGAAAGAAACGUGAGACCAUCAAACGUCAAUCAAUCUUAUUCUCACCAACAGCAACAGCACCAUCAGCAACAUCAUAAUCAAUAUCAACACAAUGAACAAUAUCAACAAAAUCAAUCGUACCACCAGCAAAGGGAACAACAUUCAUCGGGCGGAUACCAAAAAGAAUUUCAAAGAAGGGAAGAAUACCACACGCAAAAUCAAUAUCCAAAUCAUUACCCCCAACAACAACAACAACAACAGCAACAGCAGCAGCAGCAUCAACAGCACCAUCAAUAUCAUCAAUACCAACAGAAUCAGGGUAGUUAUCAAACGGAAGGAAACAGGGAACAAUACAAUCAAUAUCAAUACCAACAAAAUUCUUCAUCAAAAGGAGGAACGAACGAAGCCAUGAUGAAUUCUUCACAAUCCUACAGAUCGGGUUCGGCAAGUAAAUCCGUGGCGGGACCACCCGUGUAUUAUCCACCAGGAGUCGAACUUUUUACAAAAAAAGAAGAAGCCAUGUUGAAAGAACAGGGUAAGGGAAAGAAAAAAUCAAAAUCGGAAAAAUCAAAAUCAGAAAAAUCAGGGAAAGGAAAAGGUGUUCCAUUGUGUUUGCCCGUUUGUUGUGCCAUGCCUUGUUGUAUAAUGUAA